GCUAACACCAAUUCCAAAUGGCCAAAUUGACGAGACUGUUGCUGCUGCUGCUGCUGCUGCAACUGCUGACCCCGAAAUUGGUUUUUCCAGCUGCCGAAGUCGUCGUCGACUCUGAACCGUCAACCGUAUCCGGCAUUUCACAGUUUCUGGAGCGGCGGCCAGAGCCAUAUCAAGAGGAGCUCAGCUGGACACAUCUGUUGCCCAGCAACUAUUACUCGGAAUUGAAUCAACAAUACUAUGUGAGAUUUCGCAGGCACUCCAGGCUCGCCCUAAAGGAUCUGCGCAGAGCCCGGUCGUAUCCAUUCGAAUAUGCGCGAUAUCUCUAACAA